AUGGCGACCACCUCCACAACCAAUCCCUCUGACCCAGCGGCCGUGCUGCGAAUAGCACAGAAAGCUCCCUCAGUCCUCGCCAAAGCAUCUUCGGUCAGCACGAUUUUCCCGGCCUCAAUCUUCAGUUCAGCAGACUCCACUGAGCUAUGGCAAGAUGUUGAACAGCUGCUCUACGCCUGCCUCCGCUCCGGAGAUGACGAGUCGGCCUUUCUAUGUGUGGAACGCCUGAGUGAUAGAUUUGGCGCAGACAACGAACGCGUGAUGGCGCUGAGAGGAUUAUACCAGGAGGCUGUGGCAAAAGACGAUGCGGCUCUACGGACAAUACUGGAGGAUUAUACCAAGGUGCUGCAAGAGAAUCCCAUUCAUGUUCCCAUCCACAAACGCCGGAUUGCCCUCUUGAAAAGCUUGGGGAGACCUCAAGAUGCCAUUGCCGGUUUGGUCGAAUUUGUGGACUCAUUCCCCACCGAUAUCGAGGCGUGGUGUGAAUUAAGUGAUCUCUACGAGUCUCAAGGACACAUUUCACAAGCUAUCUUCUCCCUUGAGGAGGCUGUCCUCAUUACUCCCCAUGCAUGGAAUCUCCAUGCACGCCUUGGUGAACUUGAAUACAUGGCCGGCACGUCAUCUAGCGACCACAGCGAGAUCCGGAAGCAUUUGACACAAGCAGUUCGUCGGUUCAGCCGCAGCAUCGAGCUUUGCGACGACUAUUUGCGGGGAUUCUAUGGGCUGAAGCUCGCCUCGGAGAAGCUUCUAGGGGCCUACUCAUCUGCAAAGGCGAAUGCAGAUUCCACCAUCCCGCCUGAGAAACUGCAGCAGCUAAGUCGGUUGGCUACAUCCAAACUUGAGGCUAUUGUGAAGGAACGCACCGGCCCACGAUCGUCUGCGGGCAACGAGUCAGAAGUAAUUGCAGUUCAGCAAUUAUUGAACAGUUCUAAAGGUUGA